AUGACAUAUCAUGACUUGGAUCUUGAUUUUUAUAAUAGUUCCAGUCCUUAUUAUAAGGGAGAUGGAUAUAAAUCAGAUUCACAAAUAGUUAAAUGGGAUCAAGUAUUUCUUCAUUAUCGUUUUACAGAAUCUCAUGAUUUUGACAUUGAUCAAUCCAUUGAAAAUAUUGCACAUAAUUUUAACUAUAAGAAAAAUAUUACCGGUGAGCCAGCAUUUCCUAUUACGUUUGUGGGUUCCUGGAGUAGUGCAUUAACUGAUUGCACACCUUGGAUACAUGGUAUUGGUUAUGGAUCAUGGUACGAUGACACAUACGAUGAAGAUACAAAUUAUGAAGUCAAAAAUGAAUACGAUGAUAUUGACUAUGAAAACUAUGAAAACUAUACCUGUGUUUCUCAAAAUCAAAUUGAGGAAUGGCCUGAAGAAUACAAAAUUCAAGUAAGAAAGUUUAUUGAAACUCAGUUAUCGCAUUACAGUACUUAUACUAAGGGAUGGUUCUUCUGGAACUGGAAAACUGAAAGUGCAUCUGAAUGGGAUUACCAAAAAUUGAGGGACCACGAUUUGUUUCCACAUCCAUUUGACAAUUUUACGUAUUAUGAAGCGAAUGGUGAAUUGAAGUUGGCUGAUUCCGAUAAUGAAAGUUCUAUAUCCUCUGUUGAAACGUCGUUAGGUACCUCUUCGAGCAGUCGUAUUAGUACCGUAAGUUCAGACAUGGCCCCAACUUCCAAAUCAUCAAGCAAGAGUCAGAGUUCAAGUGUUUCCAUGCGUGGUGGUAAAACUAGCUCAACCAGCUCGACUCAUGUCAGUCAAAGCAGCUACACCAGUUCAACUCAUUCCAACAGCACAAGUGCUUCGCACAAAAACGGGUCGUAUACCGUUAAGAGUCCUAGUAUUUUUGCUUCAAUAUUUUCUUGGAGUUUAAUGAUGAUAUGUUUUACUUGCGGUAUUAUGUUGUUUGUCUAA